AUACUCCACAUCUCAUAUUACCGAAUUACAUAUUUCAAAUCGACAAAACCACAUCAGACACAAAAACACACCUCAGACAACCUUGUUGCACCCAUUCAUUUGAACUGGGCCAUAUGUUUCCUAUUAGGUUCAAUGUUACUUUCAUGCGCUGUGUCCCGUCUGGCUUUAAUGUGUGUGGGAUAUUGAGUUAACUCAUUCACGGAAUGCAAACACUUGGCUUGUGAAGCACAUUAAAAGCUGUGUGAGCUGUAUUUAUGACUCAAUUCAUUCUCGGUGACUUGACACUUUAUUGUCAAGAAUGAAAGGAAGGGGUUUGAUAUCCCAGCUGUCAGGACACUGCAGCUAGAUCCACAGUUGUUCGUCAUAGGGGACAUGGUGACUUCGACAUCACAACCACAAGUUACAUGAUCGUUCUGGCUAUCACUAAUGUGUAUUGUUUGUAAUCAGUACUGUGUGGUAGCUGGGUUUUUUGUCGUUCUUCAAAAAAAAUAAAAAUAACAAACAUGUGACUCUCUCUGACUUGAGCAGUGUUUUAAUUAGAUUAGUUACGCUGAGAGGACCAAGCAACAUAACAUCCAUAUCCUGACACAGCUCGAACCUGUUUAGAGCUUUCACGCUCACAACAUGCAUAAAUUCAGUCAUGAGCGUUCAUUCAUCGGUAAACAGAUCACUGGUCUCACCCUUUUUGACCAUCAGCAGCACAACAAAGGGGAAGUAAUCACAUCCUGUGAUCAGUAAUUAGAAGACGCAAGCCAUAUAAUCAUGGAGCCAUAAGGAUGGUCGGGAAAAUCACACACAUCGUCAAAGACAGAUUUUUAAUGCGGUGGGUUGGUACUUAUAGUAGCUGACUGACAGCAGUGAUCUCAGUGAAUAUGACCGGAAGCAAGGCUCUAAACUUGAUGGGCCGUAUAUGGAUCAGACAUCUCUCCCGCUGAGCUGGAUGCCCUGUGGAGGGAACCACCAUACACUCUCGGGGGAACCAAUGACCACUUCUCAGGAAAUGACAUCAUGACUGAAGGAGCAGGCGAGGAUGAUGACGGACCCCUGGUGGAGUCAGAUGAAGGUGUCCUGGAGCCAGGACACGACUGGAAGAGGAAAGCAGCCUUCCUUCGAGGAAGUCGAGUGACACUGGAAGAUAAAUUCUCCUCAGAAAUUAUUCUCUUUUUUACUGGACGGCGACGCUCCAGUGAGGAUCCGGACCUGGCGCUCCAGGAGUCCCUUCGCACUCAACUCCGAGUAGUGGAGAGCAACAGUAAGGAUGUCAUCCAGUUAUUUAAAGACAUGUCUGCACGUCUGGUGUCUGUCCAUGCAGAGAAAGACAGCUUUGUUCUCACAUUCAAAACUGUGGAAGAAAUCUGGAAGUUUUCAACAUAUUUAGCAUUAGGCUAUGUUGCUCGCUGCUUGGAGAACUUCCUCUUUGAUCAGUCCUUCUGGUUGGACCCAAAACUGCUCAGUGACUUGGAGAUAAACGUAACGGUGGAUGAGGAUCAGCUGGCUACCCUCUACUUGGCACUUUUACUUCAGGAAGGAUCCUUCUUUGCUAAAGCAGUCUAUACAAGAGUUGAGGAGGAUGACGAAGAACAGCUGUCUUUCAAAAAGAACGACCUGCUGAUGGUAAAGGACACGGGACAGGAGGACAUGUGGGAGGGCACCCUGCUCUCCACUGGACACCACGGACUGGUGCCUGUUGAUUGCACUCAGCCAUUGCCCUACCCUUUCUACCAAUGGUUCCUGAAGAACUACCCGGGGUAUGCGGGGUGCUCACCAACCGAAAAGGAACCGUUUGAACAUCCAUUUGUGACAGGUUUGUGCGCCGCUGUGGUCGACUACAUUCCAAUGGACCAAGAUGAGCUCCAAUUGAGUCAAGGUGACACUGUGGAGAUCCAAGGUCUACUUGUAAGAGGCUUGGGCGUCUUCAUUGGAAAACACUCCUCAACUGGCUGUACUGGUUUUGUCCACAAGGCCCACGUCAAACCUCUGGACAUCAUGCCUCUAGACAGGCAAUUGGUCUUUCUGACAGAGGAGGAGCGGGCCACCCUGGCUGAGACUAACCCGUUCAGUUCUGAGCCAAGUGAUAGCAACCUACUGGAAAAGCUUUUCUCAUCUGAUAUCAGCUCUGUGUACAGGCUAGACAGGCUGGAUGAGUCCGACUUCAUGUACAUCAGGAACCGUCCCAAACGUGAUCACAAGGUCCCUGCAAGCACUCGUCAGAGCGUCAUGUCAGAGAGAAGCGAAGGAACACCCCCGUACCAUUCCUCACCCCGUCCGUCACUAUCUCACUCCUCCCCCCGUGUGUCCCUGUAUCAGUCCCACAAUCCUCUGCCACAUGACGGAGAGCCCUUGUCCUUCACUCUUGACGACACAUUCAGGGAACUGAGUGAGUUCCAGGAGGACCCGCCUCUCUUCUUAGAGGAAAACAGUUGGGAGGGCGAGGAGUCAGAACUCAGUGACCCCACGUUGACUUUACUAAACCAUGAUCACUUCCAGGAAGACUUCCUGCCCCUGUACGACCUACAGUGUUCCUUCCUGUGGGUGACCUUCAAUGGGAAGACUGAGAGUGAGCUUUCAGGGCGGCUCGAGAGUGUGAGGGAAUGUGCAAAGAGGAUGGGCAUGCAUUGGGCACACAGACGAGCUUGCUUCCUUCUGGGAAGACUAUGUGCCAGGAAACUAAAGCUAUCUCAGGCCCGUGUGUACUACGAAGAAGCUCUGAGUGUUCGAGUUGACAGUUUCAGAGACACGCCACUGCUCGUUGCUCUUCUCACCAAUGUUACCGCCGUCUACCUGAAGCAGCGUAUGACGGACAAGCUGCCCCUCACCUUGGAAAAGGCCAGCGCUGUGCUCCUCUGCCUUCCCAACCACACCUACACAUCUUCAGAUGAAAUUGAGCUACUCAAGCUGCUUCUGAGGAGAUCCGUGGUCAUGGGGGAUAAAUACCUCGAGGCCCGCGUGUGCUACCUUAUCUUCAGCCUCUUCCUGCUUCUCAGGAAACCUGAUGAUGCUCUUCCCUUUGUCGAGCGUCUACAGUUCCUCUCCUUGACUCUCUCAGCUAAUGACGGGCAUCCCAUAGCACCCUUGGACCUCAACUGGCUGCUGUGCUGGCUCUAUCACCGUAAAUACAUGCCGUAUCUGGCACUGGCUUCUCUGAGCCUAGACUCAAGACAAGACCACUCUCUCCACAAUACCUUUCAGAGGAUUGAGCUGUUCAUCAGAAAUGCGGUCCGACUGAACCCAUUGUGGAAGGAGGGAACCUCUCUACUCCCUGCCCAGAUUGUAAUCUACCUCAUUGAGGCUCUUGCUAUAGCCGAGAAAGAUGACGACUUAAAGACGCAGAGGGAUCUGUGUCUCGGCUUGGCCUCUGUUUAUCAGCAGUACGAUGCCCUUGAUAAAGCUGUGCGCUGCGCUCAGCAAGCAGUGGAAACAGGAGCCUUCAUUAAUGAGGAGGAAGGUUUUGAGGCAUCUGUGCUGCUUGGUUGGCUGCUGGUGUUAACAGGAGAGGCUGAAAAAGCUCAGAGUGUUCUGCAGCCACUGCUUGUAUCACUGCAGGGCACAGAUAGCUCCACUCAGAGAGGCGUCAUCCACAAUCUCUUGGCCUUGUGUCUGAGGCAACAGGGCUGCAUACCAGAGGCAGGCUGGCAGCUCCACUCAGCCUUGGCGAUAUCAAGGGAAAGUGGAAAUCAGAGGAAUCAGGCCCUGGCACUCGCCAACCUGGGAUGCCUGGCAUUGGAUGCAGGGGCAUCCACAUUGUCAGAACAUUUCUUGAUCAGAUCCUUGCACCUUUUCCUAGAGCUAUGGGAGAGCCCCACUGAUGAGGAGCAUGUCCAGACCUACCUUUGGCUGGGGAGGAGCUACAAAGACAGGGGGAAGAGUCACAACAUCAGGGUGUGCUACGAAAUGGGGCUUCUGAUUGCACUGCAUGCUAGAAACCUGCCCAGUCAGUUGGUGGUGGCCAAGGUGCUGAGUCGGUUGUAUUCCGACAUGCUGCUCUAUGGCCAAAGCAUCGUCUACUAUGAACACUGUGUGUCAGUUUCCAGAGAACUGAAGGACAAGAGGCUGGAAGGAGAGUACCUUGAAAUCCUAAGUAGCCUCUACCUCUCACUAAACACUGAAAGAUCAUCUCGUAAAUCUCUGGACUACACGAAGCAAAGCCUGAGGAUUUCUAUUGAUUUGGGUAAAAGAGAAGAGGAGUCUGAGACCUGGUUGCAGGUGGGAAGGAUCUACUAUCUCAUCCAGGAGGACGAGCUGGCCGACAUGUACUUGCAGGCAGCUGUGAAGACAGCCCUGAGAAUGAACGACCCUUAUUUUUCAAUGAGCAUCUAUGAAGAAGCGGGGGAUGUCUACUUUAAGGGUCACAGGAACAGGAUGGCUUCAGUGCCUUUCUACAGGGAUGGCAGUUUACCAUUUGCACGAAGUAUUAAAGACACCCAUUCAGAGUUUCGCUUGUUGAGUAAACUAACAGAACUGUUAAUGAACCAAGGGGAGCAGGAGGAGGCGCUGCAAUAUGCGACUCUUGCUGUUGAGGUAGCUAACCAAACAGGCGUGCAUGUGAAUGAGAGGACAGCCUACCACAGACUUGCAACGGUUUACUACAGCCUGCAGCACUACGAGAUGGCAGAAAACUACUACCUUAAGUCCCUGUUUCUCUGUCCGCCCGUGCUGCAGCAUGCAAAGGAGGCUCGCUACUACACUCAGGUCUACUGCAGGCUGGGAAAUCUCACUCUGCACAAGCUCAAGGAUGCUUUUGAUGCAGUGGGUUACUUCCACCUGGCUCUGGCAGCCGCACUGGAGGAUCGGACCAACCCAGAGGCUCUGUACAUUGUGUACAUGAAGCUGGCCGAGAUCCACGGCAACCACAUGCCUGAUGCUCAGCUGUGCCAGCUUUACAGAGACAGAGCCCACAGUCUGAAGAGAGUCCUGUCAGGAGAGGAAGCGGUGCGGGAGGAAAUUGUUAAUUAUACAAGUGAAGACUGUGACAGUGAGACAUUCCCAAGAACUUGUCGAAUCCAAGGUGAAGCCUUCAGUGAUAUCGCUAAUGAAGAUAACAGGAAGAUGGAUGAAUGCAGUCCUGCUCCUGAUAUGGAAAGUCAGAUUGUUGACGCCUCUGGAUUUAUCACAAGUCGGUCGUACAGUGAGAGUAUCUUGACAGAGUCUUUUGACACAGCUAGGGAGCACCUGUCAGACUCCUACAGCUUCACUGACACUGUACAAAAUUCCCAAAGGCAAAAGAACGGCAAUGAAUUGAUCUCUGGUAACCUCAGUCACACAUCAGAGGAGGAAACAGUUGUGGAUGCAGAGCUUCAGAAAGAUCAGAAAGAUCCCGCUCAGAUAGACAGAUAAGAACUUCCCAUCCUAGGUGGACUUAAAUGGACAUGUAGAUGAGCUACAAAACAAUUCCCAGUAGCACUUUAUGCUCCUCAGUGACCGUUAACAGAAUGCAAUAUUACAACAACACGGCACUUAUUGUAUAGAAAGAGAGGUCCUUUAAAAAGAUGUGCCUUUUUUUUUUUUUUUUUACAAAAUUUGCUCAAGGUAUAACAAUGUCCUGGUGAUGUAGGUUUUUUUAAUGUCUUUGAUACUAUAUAUCUGCAAGUAAAGUCAAAUGAUGUCUUAUGUCUUUUUCCACCAACAAAAAGAACAGGAAAAAUGUAAAAUUAUGAAUAAAUUAUUUCUGAAUCACAUUAAAAGUAAAUCCUACAGUGUUUCUCAUAAAUUUGGCCCAGCAAAAAUGGAACUGGAAAGUUGCUUGUCCUUCCAAUUCCACACAGUAGAUGGACGUAGUAUAAGUGUAUCUGUGUGAUAUGGAGUGUUUGAUACACUCAGCAUGCAAGUUACAAGUCAAAAUUAUCUACCUCUGUCUGUAAAUAAUAUGUAAAAUCUAACCAGUAAACUUCGAACGUUUACAGUUUUGAAGCUUACAGAUAAUCAAAGCAGUUGAUAUAAUUUGCCAAUAAAGAUAUUUGCACAUAUGUUCUCAAUAGUUGUGUUGAUAACCGGAGUACAGCUAAUAUGUCAGUCAAAAUAGCUACCUAGCUUUCAUUAGGACACACAGUUUGUGUAUUACUUCAAGUUAGCAUUUGCUGCCAAGCAUU